CGAGCAUAACGCAAGGAACGCGAGAGAGUCGCAAACCCUGACGACGCUGUCUAUGGACGUGGAGGAGGACGAGGACCCGGUGCCGGAGAUCACACGCGAGCACUUUGAGGAGGCGAUGAAGUAUGCGCGACGCUCGGUCACCGACAACGACAUCCGCAAGUACGAGAUGUUCGCACAGACGCUGCAGCAGAGCCGAGGCUUCGGCGGAAACUUCAGGUUCCCCGGCCAGACCGGCGGCAGUGGCACCCAGGGCACACCCGGCAGCGGUGCUGGACAGAGUAGCCAGUUUGCCGACGACGGAGACGAUGACCUCUACAGCUAGGUCAAGGUCGGGGUCAGUCGACGCUUGUCGGAGUUCUUCUGCCGUUUACCGAUUUUUAUCGUCACCGUCACGUCAUCGUAGCGUUAGCAGCGAGAGAGGGUUUCGGCGGUUGCCGCGGCGACCCAGCGAGUCGCAGGAGAGAGGCCGUCGCGUGCGAUUUGUCGAGCGAGCGCGCGUGGUCUGGCUCCGUCGCUCACACGGGUGUAAAUGUUUUCGUCGAGGCGUUGUUGCCGCCGCGCUGCCGCCGGCUCUGCGAGUUGGUAUCGGCAGUAUUGCCAGCUGCGUAUUGGUGUGAAGAGACCCUUGAUGUCUCGCACGCACGGUGGGCACGGUUGUGCUUCUAAAGCCCGGCGCACACGUGAGUUAUUUUACUCAAGUAAAAGGACGCAUGAGUCAUUUUACUCACGUGUG